AUGAAAAUUGAAGUAGAGAGGCUAGUGCAAAUGAAACAUUUCUUUAACAUCCUCCAAAUAAGUGAUAAAAGUGUCAAAAUUAUUCUGAAUAAACCUAGCAAACUACUAAUGAAAAACAUUCACACAAACUGGUUAAAAUAUAAUCAUGUAAAGGCUGAUAAACAUCAAAUGCCAGUAUUUUUAAAUGAUCGAAGUCCAAAUAUAGCAUAUGUUCCAUCUGUGUAUGGUGUAAUAAAGCAAGAUAUACAAAACUAUACUAAAGAUAUGGUAUUAGAAAUGGACUUGAAUACUGGUAAUCCAAUGAAGAAAUCUAUGUUGAGAUUAGAUUUAUUUAUACCCCAGGAAGAAGCUAUGCAAUACCUCAUACAAUGGCAGAGAUACAGAAAGUACUGGUGGAGUAGUAUAUCAACAACGCCAAGUUUAUUCUGUGUAAAUGAUUUCAACUAUCAAAAUAAUUCUGCACAUGUUGAAAUAGUUGCACAAUUUCCAAAUGGACUUCAGACUGUGGAAAGCCUGUCUUGUGAAACUCACCCAAAUCACAAGUAUGGCCAAUUAUCAUGUACUUUGUGUCUAGAAAAUGCAUUACUAGUACUUCUACUGGAUGGAUUGAGUAACAGUCAAAAGGAUGAGUAUUUAAGACUCCACAGGAAGAUAGCACCAUUUAAAAUUUCUAUCGCUUUAAAAUUGGACAAAGAAAAGGAAAUGGACAAUAUUUCUUUGCAUAAAAUGGCUACUCUUCUACACUAUAAACUGCUAUCAAACAACAUCUCAACAUGGUUACCUAAUCACUCACUUCCAUUGGAUUUACAGAUCAAAGAAAAUUGUCAAAUGGGUGUCACCUACACAGGAAUUUUGGAAGAAGAAACAUUAAAAUUUGGUUUUUUAAAAUUAAUGAGCAAUAGUACAAAACUCACGGAACAAGUGCAUCUAAAAGAUUUUUGCAAGUAUGCAUCGUUAAAAUUCAGCGACAAAUAA